CGGAGUGACUGGGAAUCGCAAAGACCUUUCUCUCCAGCGACAAUUUGAUCAUCUCGCACCAAGACUGCCAGCCCUUGAUCCUAGCCCACCGUACUCAAACAGCUCUUUUUCCCUCUAACUUGACGCACCAAGCCUUCAACAUGGCCGCAAGCCUCGCUCCUGCCGGGCAAGUCCAGGACUACUAUACCCAGGGCCUCCGCGCUCGGUUCUUCAUCGACGGCCUCAAGCUGGAGCGUAAUGCUACCGAGGCGAACUACGCCGACUUCGCAUAUGUGUUCGACGAGGAGGCCUACCGCCGCCGAACCGCAGCCUCACUCAAGCGGGAUGACCUGCCUAAGGCCGUCCCCGAGGGCCUCCCUGCCAAGCUGGAGGGCCCUCUGGUGUGGACCAAGGAAGACCUUGCCGACGAGUCUCAGUUCGUCUACAACCUCGACGACGACGACAAGGCCGAGAUCGCGCGUGCCUUGGAGCACUUCAAGAAGCAAGCCGAGCAGCAAGGCCUCGAGGGCCACCAAGUCACGCGCGACAUGUUCCCCCUGCCGACCCUUCAGGAGAAGCUGCGCUCGGUCUGCGACGAUGUGUACGACGGCCGAGGCUUUGCCAUCGUCCGAGGCCUCGACCCCGACGCGCUCGGGGUGGACGACUUUAACACCAUCUACCUGGGCAUCUCGAGCUACAUCGGCGGCCGCCUGGGGCGCCAGGACCAGGGAGGGUCCAUGCUGAUGCACGUCAUCCUGAGCGGCGACGAGCGCGACGCCCAGUUCACCGCCGACCAGCCCUUCCACACCGACACCGUCACCGACUGCCUCUGCCUCGUCACCAUGAACGUCGCGGCCGAGGGGGGCUGGGGCGUGCUGGCGUCGGCCUGGACCGUCUACAACGAGCUGGCGGCCACGCGACCCGACCUGAUCCACGUCCUCACCCGGCCCGACUGGCCCUUUGACACCUUCGGCCGCACGCCCGCCUUCUACCGGCGCGCCGUCAUGUACCACCGGGACGGCCGGCUCGUCACGUCCUUCUCGCGCCGCCUGCUGUGCGGCCGCCCGCCGUCCGAGCCACGCACCGCGGGGAUCCCGGGCCUGACCGAGGCCCAGGCCGAGGCGCUCGACGCGCUGCACCUGGCGGCCCGCCGCUGCGAGGUCCGCCCUAGCAUGGCGCGCGGGGACCUGCGCUUCAUCAACAACAUGGCGGUCCUUCACCGCCGCGAGGCCUACGCCGACGCCGGCCGCGACGCCGGCCGCCACCUCGUCCGGCUCUGGAUCAACAACCCGGACAGGUGCUGGGCCCUGCCCGCCGAGCUGGACCUGGCCUGGGCCCGCAUCUUUGACGACGACGACGAGCGCGAGCGUCGCUGGGACGUCGUCCCGCCCAAGGCCGACGGUAGGAUGCUCCGCCAAGCCGGCUCUUGCGACUAG